AUGGCUCUUGAUAAAUCUUUAAUUAACGAUUUGGCUUUGACAAUGGGCUUUAAACUUCAAGAAGAAAAUUCUUUCUUUGCCAUUUCUAAUGAAGAAAACAAGGCUUUAGUGAAACUUAUUGACUCUUUGACGGAAUUAAAAUCUAACAAAACAACAAUUAUUAAUUAUUCCAAUGGAAAAUUAACGAAAUUACAAGAUGCUCUCAAAGGAACUCAAAGAGAAUUUGAACAAAAUCUCAAAUUAAUUGCAGCUUUUAACAAUCAAGUCUCUUCGGAAAGUCAUUUAAAAAAGCUGGCAGAUCAAGAAGAAUCACGAUAUUUUCAACAAAUAGAAGACAUCCGUAGAAAACAAGCUGAAAUAAAUGACCAAGACCGCGAUACUCGUACAAAGAUACAAAUUUUGAACGAAAGUUUGGAGUUUUUAACGGAAAACAUUCAAAUUGCCAAAGACAUGCUAUUUGAAUGGAAAAGAGAAUGCACCAGUAACAAAAAUACAAACGACUUAAUUGAAAAGUAUUGCACUUUAGACAAAUUUCGGGCUGAAAGCUUAGAAUCUACGCGGUAUACCAUUCAAACUGCAAUUGAAAAACACCGUUCAAUCCUCAUAAAUUCCUAUGAAGAGCAAAAAACGCUUGAGCAAACACUUGAACGAACUUCCCAAAUGUACCGCCAAGCGCAUUUGGAUCGUCGUAAUGUUGUCCACACAUGGAAAGAGGCCGUAAUUCAGAUGACGCAACGCGAACACAACAUUCAAGAGACAGAAAACGAGCUGGAACGAUCUCGUGAAAUGACCAAAAUAAAAACGGAUUGCUUCCUAAACACCAAGCAAAAAUACGAAAUGCAAGUAGAAAACAACAAAAAUAUCGAGCUUCAUAUAAUUGAUUUGUGUAACGGACAAGCGAUGCUAAGAGAGAAAAAUUCAAAUUUGCAGUCGUUUCUUCAAAUGAGCAAAAGCGAUUUAAUGACGUUGAGAAAAGAAAUUCAAAAUUUGGCUUAUCGGUUGGCGGCACAAAGAAAUUUAAAUCGAAAACUGGCAGAUGAGGAAAAUCAAAAAGAAAAUCUUCUGCGGAAAAAUGUUGGUUUCUUGGAAAAUCUCAAGACGAAAAAUGAGCAUUUCAAAAGUAAAACUCUCAGUGCGCAAGAAAGACUGCGACAGUUGGAUGAAUUUGUGGAAAACGAAAAAACGCAAAUACAAUACACGGAAAACGAAAUUUCACGUUUAACUGAGGCUUAUUUUCGAGUUGAAAGGGAAGUUAAUUCGCUGCAAAAACAAGAUAAAACGAUACAUCUCCAAUCUCAAUCAAUUGAAUCCAGUAUAAACCGAGUUCGAACAAAUAACAAAAAUGACAAACAUAAGCUACUUCAAUUGUUGAACAUUAUGUAUCAGCUGGAACUAAGUUUACAACAAACUGAAAUUCGCUCCAAUUCAAUGAAAGGACUCAAUUCUGGCGAUGAAGACUUGAGAUUAGAAGAUCAAGUGAGAUCGCUAACAUUGAUUCACAAUAUGAAAAAGAAGUCAAUUAAUCAAUUCCAAGAACAAAUUCUCAAAAUGGAAGAUGAUCUUCGAAAAAUGACCAGCAGUGUGAACGAUGGCAAAAAUGAGCUUGAUAGCAUUUCAGGAAAAUUGAAAGAAAAACGAAUGAUUGUCGAGGGCGGAGAAAAAAUCUUAAAAAUAAAAUUGAACGAAAUCCAAAAGAAUUUGGUCGAAACAAAUUUAUUACGAAUGCGAGUGAAACACAUUGAGAAGGAUCUUGCACGUCAAAAAGACAAAAGUUUCACACUGGAGAAACACAAGAUGGAACUUGAAGCGAUUAUUUCUGAAAGAUUGCUCGAUAUAAAAUCACAAAUAGAAAUUUUGCUACUUAAUAGAAAAUAUUUGGUAGAAGAACAGUCACAAUUACACGCGGAUCUGUCAGAGCGCCAAAAUAAAAUUGAAAUUUUGAAGAAACGCUAUGAAUGUGCAUCCGAUUUACUGGGAAAAAAUGUCAAUGGAUCUUUAGUGACCGUUACUCAAAUUAAGAUCGAAAAGGCACAAGAACGGCAUGUUUUACUCAACGAAGGAAAUAUUUUGAAUGAAAAAGUAUUAAAAGCCGAAGAAGACAUUAAAAUUAUGGAAAAUACUUUAAAAUUUAUGAAUUCGUCCAACGAAAAAUAUAAAAAGAGUUUUGAAAAAAUCGAAGAUGACAGUUACGAGAUACAAUGUUUCAAAAAUCUUCAGAUUGAAUAUUGUCAAAAUUUACACAAAUUAAAAAAUUUACGAAAAUCAUUGGCCAUGAACAUAAAUUUAUUGCAAGACAUUUCCUAUAAAAAGGAAGAAAUUGAGAGAAAUUUAAACGAAACUGAACGAAAUCGGUUGGAUAACAACGAUAUUUUACUGAAAAUUCAAAAAGAAUUUAUUGAUCAACGCGAAAAACUGGAUCGUGCCGAAAGAGAGCUUAAACUCACCAUCAAAGCAGUUCGUCGAAAGUAUGUUGAUUCGGAUUUUCUUCGAUUAUUUGAGCGGGACUUAAAUACGCGAGAGAUUGAGGAACGAGAUAAUUCUGCCUUGCAACAAUUAGCUGAUUGUGUUGAUACGUAUCCCGAUAUUGGUCCUUCCGUAACGAGAUAUUUGUACGAAAAAGGUCUUAAAAUACCCUCGAGAGGACCUGUUUGGCGAAGUUCUGAUUCAAUUAGUGACUAUGGUCAUCGCGUGGAUCGAAUUUGUUCUAGAAUGUCGCAAAAAUCGUUUAUGUCAAGUUCAUCGACGCCAGCGUCAUCCAGUGCAUCCGCAAAUACAAAAACUACAACGCGUGCAAGUGCUGCCAUGUCAGUGGUGAAUUUGGAUUUUUUAUCUGACAAUGAUUUAAAAAAUAAACGAAAAUAA